GGCAGAGCCAAUGAAGAAGACGAUGAUAAGAGUGAGGGAGUUUGACGUGACGAGGGACCUCCGGGCAGUGGAGGAGCUCGAGCGCCUGUGCCAGGUCGGCCUGUCGGGCGACCAAGGCUCUGAUGAACCUGCCGCCGACCAUGAUGGCUGCGCGGAGAAGAAGAGGAGGAGGAGGACGAGCGGCAAGACGAAGAAGAGAGGCAUGUCGCUCUACGUCGAGCAGAUCGGCGAUCCGUUUGCCCGGGUGCGCCAUGCGCCGGACCACGUCAUGCUGGUUGCUGAGUAUGGGGAGGAAGAAGAGGUGGUCGGAGUGAUCAAGGCGUGUACUAGGAUGGUCAGCCGAGGGAGGAAGAGGCAAAGCUUCAGCAGCUCGAAGCAGUUCGUCAAGGUGGCAUGCCUUCUUGGACUCAGGGUGUCCCCCUCUCACAGGCGCCUCGGGAUCGCGACGGAGCUGGUCCGGCGCGCCGAGUCGUGGUGCGCGGCGCGCGGCGCGGCGUACGCCACCAUGGCCACCACCGAGUCGAACGCGGCGUCGCUCGCGCUCUUCGCCGGCCGCUUCGCGUACGCGCCGUUCCGGCGGCCGGUGUUCCUCGGCCACCCCGUGCACCGGCACCGGGCGCGCGUCCCGCGCGCGCACCGCGUCCUGCGCCUGCCCCCGCCGCUCGCCGUGGCAGCCUACGCCGCGCUGCUCCCGCCCUCCGCCGCCGAGUUCCUCCCCGCCGACCUCCCGGCGCUGCUCAACCACAAGCUCACGCUCGGCACAUACCUCGCCAUCGAGCGCGGCGGGCCCGAGGACACCGCGCGGCCGCAGUCGUUCGCGCUGCUCAGCGUCUGGGACGCCACGCGCUCCCUCCGCCUCCGCGUCGGCGGCGCGCCCACGCUCCUCCGCGCGUCGCUGGCCGCGGCGCGCGCGCUCGACCGCCACGCGCCGUGGCUGCAGGUGCCCUCCGUGCCCGACAUCUUCCGCCCGUUCGGCACCUACCUCAUGUACGGCCUCCGCAUGUCCGGGCCGGAGGGUCCGGCGCUCCUCCGCUCGCUCUGCCGCCACGCGCACAACGUCGCCCGCAAGAACCCGGCGUGCGCCGUCCUGGCGGCCGAUCUCGGGCCCGAGGACCCGGCCGCGGCCGUCGUGCCGCACUGGACCAAGUUCUCCUGCGACGAGGACGUCUGGUGCAUCAAGAAGCUCGGCGCCACUGCCGACGGCAAUGCCGCCGGCGACGACACCGAAGAAGACUGGACGACCUCGCCGGGCCCCGGCGUCCUGUUCGUGGAUCCACGGGAGUUCUGAACGUUGGCGCAAUGUAAACAAGUUUUGAAUUUUUUUGUAUUUUCUUUUUACUAUCGUGUAGAUACAUCAUACAUACCUGGACAUGAUGCUGCAACUCAAUGCAAAAAUUGCAUUGCAUUUGCAGCCUGUACCCCAUGUACAAUUAGAGUAGCCACAGACCUUAAUCAGCUAUACCUCUGAAAGUCUGUACUUCUGAAGAGCGACGGGUGGUCAUUUUCAAGUGAAAAUGGCCAUCCAUCUCUCAAAGAUGCAUAGAAGAGUCAGAGCAGAAUAUGCUUCAAUUGGGUCUCUUGUAUAUCCGUAAACCAUAGGUGAUUAUUUUAGCUCAGUAUUCAAUGGAAAUUCAGUAUCAACAAAAUUUAUUGGUUUAA